AUGGCAAAAAUAACCGACACUAAACACAAAACAGACCAUACCUCCUCACCUACCACCUCCACUCACCCUCAAUCAACCAGUAGCACUCUAUUUAAUGUCGUCAAGCAAAGUUCCACAAGCAAUUCUGUGACAAGCCAUACUCCGAUUAGCUCGACAAUAAAUACUGAAACUUUAACAAGUAGCCAAUUACCUAGCGGAUCAAGUCUUUCAUCAAGCAAUGGAACUAGUGAUUAUUCAAAGACUUCGUCGUUUCUGUUGGUUGGAAUUGUAUUGGUGGUUGUUGCGUUAGUGGUUAUUAUCACCGUUAUAUGUCGAAAAUGUGGUGGUGAGGAUAAAAAGGGAACAAUCCGUUUAAAAGACGAACCAGAUCUACCUGAAACUCCUAAAUUCGCCAGUUUGCCGUUGGAAAAUAACGAUUCUUCUCGGAACUAUGCAGUUGACAAUAACAAUAAUAAUUCGAUCUUAGUCAAUAUUGUUGAUUAUGAUGAUGAAAUUGCUAAUAAUAACUUCAUAGGCUAUAAUACCGGCAAUAGCGGCACAGAUAAUAAUGUUAAUAAUUUCAUGGGUGAUAAUGCCAAUAUUGUCGCAGGCGAUAAUGUAGAUAAUAACUUCAUAUAUGGGAAUGCUCAUAACGAUGUCAUAAAUGAUAGUGAUGAGGGUAAUGACGAUUAUAGUAGUGAAAGCAGAAUUCCAAGUCAACCACCUAUGGUACAAUUAGGCCGACUUUCAUCAACUAAUUUAUCAAUUGAUUGUUCUCCCUUUGAAGACAUUCACAAUUUUGAUUCUAAUGAUAACAACAAUGGUGUUAACAGACCAAAUUCAACGAUAAUUCACAAAUUAGAAAUGGAACAUCAACAACCAUCGGAUGAUGUUUCUCCCUUGAACAGAAUGACCUUAAGCGAUUACAAUGAUUAUUCUAAUAUCAUUCAGACAGAACCCUAUCCUUCAUUUGAAUCUCAAUUUCCGAAUCCUCCCAAAAGAGCUUUCUUAUAA